GGCUCCUGCCUACCGGCACAGACCCGGAGAAACUUGGCUAGGAGAGAGGGAGGGCCACCAGAGGAGGUGUCAGCAUGCCGUCUGCUUUCCAGCUCCAGUGCCACCUCGUUCUCAUCUUCCUGGCAGCCUCCAAGGGGGAAACCAGAUACCUGGAGGUGAGAGAUGCUGGUGAUGAUGAGCCCUUCCUACUCCUCAGUGAAGAUCUGAAGCGAGAGCUGUCUGCGGGGCAUAUCUAUCGGCGGUCGCUCCGGUGCAUUGAUAUGCUGAGUAUAGAGGGGCAGUUCACCUUCACUGCAGACCAACCACAGCUGCACUGCGCAGCCUUCUUCAUCGGGGAGCCCGAGGAGCUUAUCACAAUAGACUACGAUUUUGUCAACAUUGACUGCCAAGGAGGUGACUUCCUGAAGGUAUUUGAUGGCUGGAUACUCAAAGGAGAGAAAUUUCCCAGUUCUUUGGACCAUCCCCUUACCACUUCUCAAAGAUAUGUAGACUUCUGUGAAAGUGGGAAUAUCCAGAGGAGCAUCAGGUCUUCACAGAACGUGGCAAUGAUCUUCUUCAGGAUUCAUCAGCCAGGCAAUGGAUUUACUGUCACAGUCAAGAAAAGCACCAAUCUCUUUCCUUGCAAUGUCAUCUCUCAGACUCCCUCGGGAAGGUUUACCAUGGUCAUUCCUCACCAGCACAGGAACUGCAGUUUCUCCAUAAUCUACCCAGUGGUGAUAAAAAUAUCUGAUCUCAUCCUGGGACAUUUAAAUGGUCUCUUUUUAAAGAAACCAUCAGCAGGCUGUGCAGGAGUAGGAGAUUUCGUGGAGCUUCUAGGAGGAGCUGGUUUAGACCCAUCCAAGAUGUUCCCACUAGCUGACCUUUGUCACUCUUUUCAUGGGUCUGCCCAAAUGAAGAUUGGCUGUGACAACACUGUGCUGCGAAUGGUCUCCAGUGGCAAACACAUCAACCGCGUGACAUUUGAGUAUCAUCAACUCGACUUGCAGGAGACAGAAACCAGGAAGGAGAACAGCAUCGAGGAAUUCUGCUUCCCUAGCAUCUGA